AUGUCAGUUCACAAACCCGACAAUAUAAAGCCGAGUUCGGCGCCUUCGUUUGGCAAUAACUUGAGUCCGGUAACCCAUUUGCGAUCGGAAUCUCCAUUUUGUUCACCUUACUACGGGAUGAAUACGAAUAUAAAGCCUGAAAAGACGAAUGGGAUUUUACAUCGGAUUGAUAAUAAGAUUCUGGCUGGUCAGUUGAAGUUAUGGUAAGUUUUUUACACAAAAAUUGGUUUAAAACUGAAGUUUUUGGAGGUUUUUCAUUGUAACUUUUUUGAAACUUUUAGUAGGAAGUUGAAAUUUGGCAUUAUUAUAGUUCAUUUAGUUUGCCAACUAAUUUUGUUAACUUUACUUUGAUAUCUUUUACUUUAGCAAAGUUAUGAUUGAUUGAAAAUGUCAAAAAUCCAAAAAAGUUUGAUUCCGCUUGGAACAAUUUAUCUUUUCAGCCGUUUUUGAACAGUAUUUCACUGCUUUUCCAAUUUUUAUACUAAUAUAGCAUUAUAGACAUACAAAGCAUUAUAUUUCAAACCAUUUUAGUCAAGUAGAAACCGUGAGAUGUCCAUCCUGUCGUCUUCAAUCACAACUGGUGUGUCCUGCCUGUGUUUCUUCAAAUUUUAGAACUAGUAAAUUGAAAGAAGCUUAUCGAGAAUCAUUUUUGAAGAAAGCAGAAAUCGACCGUAAAAUGGACGUGCUGUUACAGCUUAAAGUAAGUUUCUUCUUUUUUGUUUCGUUUUUAGGUAACAAAGGAGAUAUUGAGCCUUCCUUGGAUAAAACAAGUCAGAAGAAGCUUUAUCAUCAAAAAUAAGGUUAAAAAUGUCAUGAACUAUCUUACCAAACUUAUUUCCAAACUUAUAGAUGAAGUUGGACUCGGAUUUGUUCGCUAAACAACGAAACAUCAAGUUGAUGAAGGAGAAGAUCGAAGUCUGUAAAGAAAAUAUUUACCGAUUGAAGAAGAAGAUUGCUGUAGCUGAAAUGAGACGAAGUAAAUGUGAGAAGAACGUGAGAACGCUGGAUUUGAAGCAAAAUAGUCAUUCGAAGAGGAUCGGCUUACAAGAACAAGAAAAUGCCAAGUUGAAGGCUUAUUUAAAGGUGAAGAGGGAUGAGGUAGGUUGUUAACUAGAAGAAAACGGUGUUUUUGAAAAACAAGUAUUAAAGAGGAUUGAAAUCUGCUUUUAUUUUGAAAUUUUCUUGUUGUUACAUUAAGUUUUGGCACAGUUACAUUGUACUGAAAAUGUUAAAAAUCAAAAAAAGUUCGAAUCCGGCUGGAAGUCAGUCUAUUUUUUACGUAUUUUACAAUUUUUCAACGCGUUUUUUGAAAUUUCAGGUAAUAGGUGCUGUAAAGCAUUAAACGUAGUACAUAUGUUUAAAUUUUCAUGUUGUUAUAUUAAGUUUUGGCAGAGUUACAUUGAUUUGAAAAUUUCUUGAAUCAUGAAGGAUUUUCUAUACCGCAAGAACUUUCUUUACAAAGUGAUUUUUUUAGAUUUUCUGUUACAUUCGCUUCUACACUUCCUUGUUCUCUCACUACAUCCCAAUCCAACGUUUUACCAAAGAAAACAAGAAAAUGGUCGAAGCCACUUCCUCAACUACAGUAACCGAGCCCCCACAACAAUGGCCGCCAGUAAAGAAGUUUUACUUUACAGUAAACGGGUGUGUAAUCGAGGACAAUAACGAGUACGAAAGGCUGUUGGAUGACCUACUGGAAGGUGUUUCGGUCAUAUUUCUGGGCAAACACUCGAAACAUGCCUACUCCGGGUUACUGUACACCAUAAGGCUGGUGAAUGUCAUAGCCUACUUCGCGGACCUAUGGUUACCGUAUCGAUAUGACCUGAAAGACUUUGCUCUAUGUACAGGAUGGUCGCAGGACCUGUUUUACACUGACAUGUUCAAGCUGAACGUCAAUGUGCUGUCCUUGGCCGCCGCUUUUGGCCUAAAGAAUGAGCAGAUCAAGAUCAAUCAGCCGGUUCAUAACCUACACACUUUGGUCAAUUCCUUGCUAAAAAAUGACCUGACUGGCACUGAUGGACUGGUCAGUGAGAAGAUGAAACAUCAGAUCUUCGAUGCCUUCUCCAAAUUCGUAUGGGAAGAAAGGAAUGACCGGCUGGAGGUCGAUAAUGUAGGUUUUGAGCGAUUUUUGAGGGUAAUAAUGGGGGGGGCAUUUUUAAGAGUAAUAUUAGGGGGAGGGAGGGGGGGGUUGAAUGAAAAAUUGGCAUGUAAAGGAAAUGGAAGUUCUGGCGGUUUUUUUAAAUUUUGUGAAGAAAGUUCUUGCGGUUUUAAAAAAAUGAUUUUGUAAAGAAAGUUAUUACAACGUUUAAAUCUAAACCACCUCAUUAUAGGUCGAAGAAGACUGGGUGAACGUGGGCUUCUCCAUGUAA